AUGCUACAUGGCAAGAGGUCAUGGAUAAGAUGCAACUGCGUCCCGCUGCAAACCAGCCCGAAGCUCAACCGGGACCACAGCCCUUGGACGGCACAGCGACGCCGCGUGACCUACUUCCUUCACCCCGGCUACCCUGGAAAAGCAGUGCUUCUCUCGCUGCCCGCUUUGGACGACGGCGGCGUCGACUUCGACACGGCGCUGGUAGCCUGCGGCCUCAUUGCCGGCAACCGGUGGAGCGAUGGGUCUUUCUCCUUGGACUGCAGAGGCGCCGUGAGUGCGGAGCGCCCGGAUGACGGCAUUCUGCGCGAGCCAGAGUACUUCUUUCAACUUCCCGGCCCGCUCGAACCCCCCCAUAUCCCGUCGUGUCGCGCUUCUCACACUGGCGCUUCCCCCAUGACAAUCUGCCACCCCCUGUGGCAAAGAUGGGCGGCAGAUGCGACGGCAUCGCCCAGGAGAAAAGGGUUGGCCUCGCAGUACUGUAUACUCUCCAAAUACGGCGACGGCCUGGAAGUGGCGCACCUGCUACCGACCGGCGAGGAAGAGUAG